AUGCACGAUCCAGCGACAACACAAUUUGAGAUCGCCGAUCCACCUACUGAUGGCAUCACCAACGUCACAUUUAGUCCAACCGAUUCACAAUUGCUACUCGCAUCGUCCUGGGACAGUACGGUUCGAUUGUACAAUGUAGACGAAAACAAACUUACAACGCAGGUCAAGCACGCUGGUCCUAUUCUUGACACGUGUUUUGGAAAGGAUAAUAACAGUGCCUACCACGGUGGUGUAGCAAAACAAGUGACAAAAUUGGAUCUCGAGACGAGCAGUGAACAGAAUUUGGGCAAGCACGACGAACCUGUUAGGUGCGUGCGCUGGAGCUCUGAAACAAAUAACUUGUAUUCGGGUUCAUGGGAUAAGACGUUACGCGUAUGGGAUGAUCGUAGUCCUGAAGCACUUCAACAAACACACAACUUGCCGCAAAAGGUUUUCAGCAUGGAUCUUUGUGACAAUAAGCUGGUGGUAGCAAUGGCAAGUCGACAGAUUCAUGUUUAUGAUAUUAGAAACAUAAAUGAGCCAUGGCAAACUCGAGAGACGACGCUACGAUACAUGCUCAAGUCCGUACGAUGCAUGCCUAACGGUGAAGGCUACGCGUGCUCGUCAAUUGAGGGUCGAGUGGCACUUGAAUUUUACGAUAUGUCGCCCGAAGCACAAGCGAAGAAAUAUGCCUUCAAAUCACAUCGACAUAUGAUAAAUGAUACCGAAGUGGUGUAUCCUGUCAAUGCUCUAGCAUUCCACCCAGUCUACGGCACGUUUGCAUCAGGUGGGUCGGAUUGUGCGGUAAGCAUCUGGGAUGGCGUCAAUAGAAAGCGUAUUCGACAAUUCCCUCGAUAUCCCGACGAAAUUGCCAGUCUUGCUUUCAGUCAUGAUGGAAAGAAACUUGCUAUUGCUAGCAGCUACACGUUCGAUGAAGGAGAACGAGAUCAUUCCCCAGAUGCGAUUUUUGUUAAGACCAUGGCCGAAACUGAUUGCAAACCGAGAACAGCCUAA